AUGGGGAGGAAGAAGGGCGCCGUCGGCGGCGCGAAGAGCGUGGCCGUGCCCGUGCCGGCGCAGACGGAGGUGGAGGUUGAGAAGGAGGCCAAGAAAGCGGCUCCGAGGAAGCGCAACCCGUGCCCCGGAAUCCGCGCCGUCGGCGGCCGGAUCUACGACCCGGAGAACGGCAAGACCUGCCACCAGUGCCGUCAGAAAACAACGGACUUUGCGGUGGCCUGCAAGCAGCCCGGGGGGAAGGGGCCCUGCUCAACCCACUUCUGCCACACGUGCCUGUCCAACAGGUAUGGCGAGGACGCGAAGAAGGCGGCCAAGAAGGCGCGCUGGGCCUGCCCCAAAUGCAGGGGCAUCUGCAACUGCAGCUUCUGCAGAAAGAAGAAAGGGGAGACUCCCACAGGGAUACUGGCCCAUGCCGCCAAGGCGACUGGGCACUCUUCCGUCCAUGAGCUGCUGAAACAGGGCUCGGACAUGGUGGCCGCUGCACAGACGCUGACCUCGCUCCCCGUGAAGAUCAAGAAGGAACAAAAGAGGGCCCUAGGGACAGAUGAUGAUGCCGAUGGAAUAGUGGUUGAUGGGGAUGAGAAUGUAGGGACUGAUCUCAAUGCAUUUCCUUUAUCUCCUGCCAACAAGAAGCUGAAGAAGGGCGCUUCUGAUGAGAGCACUGAUGUGCUCAAGACCAAAACUGAGCUACCCAAAGGUACUCUGGUCACUAAUGUUGUAGGGGCCAAGCUGGAGGCCGACGAUGUUGGGUCUGCGAUUCAGUUUUAUGAAUUCUGCCGCACAUUUGCUGAGGUGUUUCAAAUAAAGAAGGGACAGCCUGAAAAAGUUCUUCAAGUCAUAACUGGAGGAAGCCGUAAAGGCCGAGUGGUGCCUUCAGUUGUUGCUGAUCUUCACAUUAGUUUGCUGUCUGUCCUCCAAGAAGACAGAGGAGAGAACCCUUUGGACUAUUCAAGAGAUGGGGAUGCUUGGAUAACUGAGACUGGCAGAUAUAUUAGUGAAUCCACAGUUAUCUCGAAGGAACUACCUCUUGACUGUUUAAACCAAGGGGUAUCAGGAUAUAAAAAGUUGAGCCCUUCUUUAAAGCUCCAUGUGCUGAAUUUUCUGUGUGAUGAGACCCUUUCUACUGCAACAUUAAGGGGCUUGAUUGUCAAACAAGAUGAAGGUGCCACUGAGAGAAAGAUUGCUGCAAGAGAAAAAAUCCGUGCUGCGAAGGAAAAGGAAAAAGAGCUUAAAGAAAGACUAAAGAAUGAGAUGGAUAAAUCAAUGUUUCUGAGAAAAGGAGAAGAAAUUAAGAGUCUCAUUUCUCAAAUUAAGGAGUUAAAUGAAGACAAGGAGGCAGCAGUAGAUGAUGAGAAGCUGGGAGAUCUACUUAGGACAAAGCCUGUCAGGAAAGACAAAGGGGUUGCAUACUGGAAGUUUGAUGGUUAUUACAAGAAGACCUCAAUAAUGCGCCAAGAGUUUGACACAACAGGGAACAAUGACAAGUGGUUUAUGUUCACUGAGGAAGAAGAAAAAGUAAUUGGAGAUCAUUUGGACCCAAGUGCAAGAGUCAUACCCAGGCAUGAUGACCUACUGAACUUUUGUUUCAGUGGUUUGAAGAGCAAUAUUUUAGAAGCCGGGUAUAUGUAA